AAGUUCAUAACUGAGUGUCGUGGCCGUUAUUUUUUCCAACGUCUGUCAUCAUCUAUACUACAGUGUAUGCGUCAGUCUUGAGUCAUUGUUUGUAGGAGGGAUAUCUGUUCUCAGAAACUAUUGGAAUUCCUUUAUUCUUUCUCCUUUCUACGCCUAGUUUAUAUAUACCGAUCAUUUCGAGAUCGUCUUCCACUCCAAAUUCCCCGUUUCGUACACAUCGAGAGUUCCAACGCCGAUCACUUCCUAAGCACCUACGAUACUUCCUAUCUCCGACCAUACAACCUUGAACUUCUCUACAAGUAAUCGGACCACGACCUUCGUCGAUAGCAAUUAAAUAGCCCAAUCGCAAUCAUCAUUCCCGCGUUACAUCUAUAUAGACACAAUGGCCCAAACACUCGAGCAGCGCAGGCGGAAUGCCAAGUUCGUCAAAGACCAGGACGCACGUCGCGGCAAGGCUGAGACAGACAUCAAGAAGCGAACCAAGGACAUACCGAAGUCGCCCAUCUCGCCCCUCUGGCUCGGCGUCCUUGGCUUCGUCGUGUUCGGUGGCUUGCUUUUCGAGGUCCUCUCCCGUGUGUUCUUCUAAGACGAGACGUAUACCCUUAUGUGGUACCAUUAUACCCCGAGCACAAUCGUGGAGGUAUGGAAGCCGUUGUAGCGAGCUGGCAUCCAACCAGCGCAACAAAACAGAAAGAAGCAGCCUUCUUUGCUGGAGAGACACGGCAUUCAGAAAGAUCUGCAAGGGAUGAUCACAGAUGCCAUAUCUUCAGCUAAGCUGUACCAUGUACAUCAAAAUCUUGGUUUUCUUUUUAUCUUUUGGAACGGGACCGCCCAUGUCGAGAAGCAAGCUAUGCGAAUAAGCAUUAGCCACUAUGGCUACUUCAUUAUAGGUCUGGAAGUUAUAAAAAAAUAACAGCGCUUGAUUUCUCAAUGCCCUUGCGGUCCGGACUUUCGCUGUUCCUAUCCCUUUAACAGUCUACUAGGUAAUCGAAUAGCAACAUAAUAGUUAGGU